UGGCCAGAAAGAGUCCCUGUGGGUUUUAAAAUUUGCCUGCCCAUUGAAGUCAAUGGCAGUUCGCCCGUUCGCGAACAUUUGCAGAAGUUCGCGUUCGCGGUUCGCAAAUCGAAAAUUUUAUGUUCGCGAAAUCUUUAUUUAUGUUCUCUUUACUGCCAUACCAACAUGGACGUCCCUUGGUGCAUACAGUGUGAUGUUACCCUGUGUGUGUCUGAGCCGGAGAUAGUGGGCAGAGGUCCUGCACCUCUCCCAACCUGCAACCAGGGAAAGUGCCCUAGACCCAUAAUUCUAGAGAUCUCCAGCAGUUCUGCCACCCUGCCGGGCUAGGAAGAUGGUGGUUCCCUAGGCAGGUGCCUACUCAGCCAACCCCCAAUCUUGGCCCUAUGAAACAGACAUAUACAUCGUAAAUAAAGAUCAGUAUUAUCAUAGCCCUAAUACUGAGGUCCAUGUUCUUCAGGAAAGAUAAUGUUCCCUCUACAGAACCUUCUCUCUCCUGCUCUGGUGCUUCUGUACAAUGUAUAGUAUGGAAUAUAGUGUAUAAUGUGUCAGUGACUGUAUACACACAUGUAUAUGUAUAUUGUAUGUAGAAUUGUUAUAGAUAGUAUAGAAGAUAUUAAUUGAAUAGAUAAAAAUUAUGAUAUUUCUCUUAUUUUUGUAGACGAAGGACACAUCCAGCUAUUUCUAGGCAGGGACAGCUGCUAUAAGAUCGCGGACAAGUAUCUACUGGCCAUGGUCCUCAUCUACUUCCGAAGAGCCAACCUGCGUAUGGAGGAAUAUAACACCUACUUCUUUCCAGCGCUCUUUCUUGCCAACCAGUUUGAAGAGGAUGAGAUGUUUCGACGCGAGAUCUACCCCUGGGCCCUCGGACCGAUGUGGACGGCGAUGAAGACCUGGAUGCUACACCUACGGAACCUGCUGCUCCUCCGGAUGAGAUUCCACGCUUGGGUGACCAGAGACACCUGUGAUCGGAUCAUGGCACAAGACCCCGAGUACUGGGCAUGGAAGAGAGAGCGGAAGGAACAUCACGGCUGGGCCAUACGCUGGUACCGGAGGGAUCCUGGAGAAUACAUCCCGAGAGGCCCAUGGUGGAUCCCUCCCGCCUGCUCCAUCUGUAUCACCGAUCUGCAGCCUUGUGCCGGGGAAGAGAACACCAAGCGAAGAAGGACGAAGAAAGAAGAACAGAACGGAUAAAGACCAAGCCAUCCCAGAUGUAUUCUUAAGGGCACGUUCCCACUUGGCAUAUAUGCG